CUAGCCAUCCCAUCUAACAGAAAAACCGGUACAUGGUCUCCGGAGGCGAAAUGUGGCUGACCGACAGCACAUAAACAGGAGUUUUAUCAUUAUUUUAAACUUUCACUCACUGUUACACUGGUCUACCACAGCAAUUGUAAUCUGUGUAGUUUAUCCAGCUCAAGUUUGACGUACAUUCGUUGCCCAGUGGGACUUUUAUCGCUGUCUCUUAUCCACCAGUGAAACAUUAGCUGGGCGGAAGCAAACGCAAACACAACACGUUUAAGCUAAACCAUCAAUAUAACCUUUUCUGUAGUUUGUAGUUUCGACCUGCCUCUUGCAACCUGCACCAACAUGGCUACUAAUCCUCCAGGACAAGCUUUCCCAAACAAGGCACGGGUCGCAAUCCUGGCUGAGCUGGAGAAGGAGAGGAGACGGCUGAUGCAGAGUCAGUCUAUGAACACACCUGGAGCCAGCAUCUCGUUGUCCAGACCGAGUCUGAAAGAGUUCCGGGACAAUGCAGAACAGCAGCACAUCGCUGCCCAGCAGAAAGCUGCCCUGCAGCAUGCACAUACACACUCAUCAGGCUUCUUCAUCACUCAGGACUCCUCGUUCGGGAACCUCAUCCUCCCUGUCAUCCCGAGGCUGGAGCCUGAGACCUGACCUUUUUACCUCCUGCCCCCCUCCUGCUGCUUAGUUUGAGACAGAGCUUUAAACAACAUUCAUGAACACCAGACCCACGUCUCUCUCAGUUUCCUCUUUUAAGUCUGUGAUUAAUGGAUGGUUGUUCGUCAUGUCGUAAAUCUCAGGGGAGUGUGAAUUUUUCACUCUUACAUUUUCCAGAGUAACAAGCUGGCUGCUGAAUUUAGGAAAGUUUCCAAAACAGUCAGAAGAUGUUUCCAGAUAGCUGUGAAACAUCCUGGGAAGUUGUCCAGGAGCUAAAAACAAACUCUUCAGAUUUGUUGUAAAUCCUGCUCUGUUGCCUUCCACGGUCUUAAUCACGUGGCUCUCCAUUAAAUGCACAUUUUGCCAGGUUUUUACAAUUAUAAUGGAUUUGUAUCGAUAUUUGGAGAAUAAAGUUGUUACAUUGAAUUGUA